AUGUAUGCAGAGGGAAAUAUUCAAAUGUUCCAGGUGUUCAUCCCAAGAGAAGAGAGUACCUUCUCGAGGGAUGGCCACGAAGGACCGCCAAGUAAUAAUUGUAAGACCAAAAUUAACUGCAUCAUCCAGGGUCUCGAUCGAGGUUGCAUUAGUUCGGGGAUUCCAACCCACAAAAUAAUGAUAUUCUGUAGACAUGCUGAGCUACUAGAUAACGCCACGGAUCUGCCCCAAUGUUGCUACAACCGUAAGCGACUAGAACCGCUUCAUCUAAGAAAGGAUCGAAAUCCGGAGUAA